UAUGAUUUUUCAUCCUAUUCUAAUUGGAAAGAAAACCCUAAAUUUAUCGUUGUAGUUGUUUGCUAAUUUUUAAGCUAAGUGAUCUAAGAUUUAGGGUAUUAUAUCACCGAUUGCUCCCGGAAGUCAUUUAAACGGAUAAUUUCUGUUGCAGUUUGAAGUCAUUGAAAUGGAGAACAGAAGGUACAACGGCAGACAAGACAUACGUAGAAGACAACAGAAAGCAGAUGAGGAAGAUGAGGCAUCUGUUCUUGAGGAAUUUGCAGAGGAAUUUCGCCUACCAAUUCAUCACAGACCAACAGAAAACGUAGAUCUUGAUAAUGUUGAACAAGCUUCAUUAGACACACAAUUAACAUCCUCUAAUGUUGGUUUCCGGCUUCUUCAAAAGAUGGGGUGGAAAGGGAAAGGUCUUGGGAAGGAUGAACAAGGAAUCACCGAACCCAUCAAAUCCGGAAUCAGAGAUUCAAAACUCGGAGUCGGAAAACAAGAACAAGACGAUUUCUUCACCUCAGAAGAAAACAUCCAACGAAAGAAACUCGACAUUGAAGUUGAAGAAACCGAGGAAACUGCAAAGAAACGAGAGGUUAUGGCAGAUCGAGAGCACAAAAUUCAAACCGAAGUCAAUGAAAUCCGCAAGACUUUCUAUUGUGAGCUUUGCAAUAAGCAGUACAAGUUAGCAGUUGAAUUUGAAGGUCAUCUUAGCUCAUAUGAUCACAAUCAUCGAAAGCGGUUUAAAGAAAUGAGAGAAAUGCACGGAAGCAGCAGCCGUGAUGACAGGCAAAAGCGUGAACAGUUGCGCCAGGAAAAAGAGAUGGCUAAGUUUGCUCAAAUGGCUGAUGCGCAUAAGCAACAACAACAACAGCAAGAGGAGUCUGGAAAAAGUAAUUUAGCAGUGAAGAAUGCUGCUACAGUUCUUGCUGAUCAGGAUCAGAGGAAGGUUUUGAAGUUUGGAUUUUCAUCAAAACUUGGUGCAUCAAAGAGUUCAGGCAUGAGUGCAGCAAAGAAGCCGAAAACACCUAUUGCAUCAGUUUUUGGAAAUGAUAGCGAUGAAGAGUAGUAAUAUUCAUAUUUACCCUCUUGUAUACUAUUUACUUGACUUCAUGUGGUUGUAUUGUAUACUUAAAAAUAUAUUUUUAUUUCUCUUGUAUACUCCUUGGCUUGGUGUGGUUAACCAUUUAACUUGGACAA